AAUCUGUUGUUGGUCUCUCUCUCGGGAUAGCAUAUAAUAUUGCCGCCAGGCGCCAACACAACCGGACGGACUCUAAAACCCUUGUUGCUGCGUCGAAUUAGGGUUUCCCUCUGCAACCAAGCAGCCAUGGGAGGCUCGCGAACUCAAGUGAAUAAGGCUCACAAGACUCGAUUUUCUUCCAAAGCUUCUCGUCACCUCCACAAAACCUCUCUCCAAGAUAAGAGUAGGAUUGCUAAAUCGGAGCGCAAUGUUGGAAAGGGAGCUAAAGCUGCUAGAAUUCAGCGUAACAAGAUGUUACGAGAUCAGAAACGGGCUGCUGUUUUGAAAGAGAAAAGGGCCUCCGGUGGAUCAACAAGCUCUCCCCGUGUCAUUGUUCUUUUUGGGCUUUCUGCAGCCGUGGACCUAAAUUCACUUGCCCGAGAUAUUCUUGCAUUGUUAUCUUCUGAAGGUUCUGGGGUUUCGUCAUCAACCGUCGCUUCUUCUGAAUAUAAGUUGCGAGCAACGGUAUUAAAAGCUCCGCAUGGAGAUCUGCAAUCAUGCAUUGAGAUGGCAAAGGUUGCUGAUCUGAUCGCUUUUGUGGCAUCAGCAAGCUACACAUGUGAAGGCAGCAUAUCAGACUACAUUGAUUCAUUUGGAAGUCAAUGCCUUUCUGUAUUUAGAUCUAUUGGUUUACCAAGUACUGUUGUGCUUAUUCGUGAUCUACCAGGUGAGAUGAAAAAAAGACAUGACAUGAAAAAGAUGUGCACCUCUGAUCUUGCUUCUGAAUUUCCCGAGGAUUGCAAGUUUUAUCCAGCUGAUACAAAGGAUGAGUUACACAAGUUCACGUGGCUUUUCGUGGAGCAAAGGCUCUCAGUUCCUCACUGGCGAAGUCAACGGUCUUACCUCAUGGCUCAAAAGGUUGAUGCCAUAGCAGAUAGUGGCAACUCGGGUAAAUGCACUCUCCUCCUUACAGGAUAUUUGCGCGGACGCAGCCUGUCUGUGAAUCAGCUGGUUCAUGUUUCUGGUGCUGGGGACUACCAGUUGAGUAAAAUUGAAAUUCUCAAGGACCCAUUUCCUCUUAAUGCAAGAAAAAAACAAGAUUUCAUGGAUUCAGAUGACAUGAGUGAUCUUGAGGUUGUUCGAUGCUUGGUUCCAGAUCCAUUGAAGCAGGAGCCUUUACUUGUUGAAAAUGUUCCCGACCCUCUUGCAGGUGAACAGACUUGGCCAACAGAAGCUGAAAUUGCCGAGGCUGAUAGAAAUCAGAAACAAAAAAGGUCAAGAACUCUUCCUCGAGGAACUUCAGAGUACCAGGCUGCUUGGAUUGUGGAUGACACAGAUGAGGAUGAUUUAGAUAGUGAUGAUGAAGCUGAUGGUAUGAUUUUGGAUGAAAGAGAGGUUGAUUUUCCUAGUCACCAAGACAAUAAUAACUUCGAUCUCAGUGAUGAUCGGGCUUCACUGAACUUGAGAGACUCUGAUGAAGAAACAGAUGUUGAUACCGUGAUGUUGGGAGGUGAAGAAUUGACAAGGGAGCAGCUAGAGGAUGAAAUUAAAAAACUGAAAAAUGAACAUGCUGAUGAUGAGGAGUUUCCGGAUGAAGUAGAUACCCCAUUAGAUGUUCCUGCUAGAAAGCGGUUCUCCAAGUAUAGAGGCUUGAAGUCCUUCCGCACUUCUUCAUGGGAUCCUAAAGAAUCUCUACCCCCAGAAUAUGCCAGAAUUUUUGCAUUUGAUAAUUUCGCGCGAACACAGAAACAUGUUCUUUCUAAAGCUCUAGAAAUGGAGCAAGAAGAAAGUGAAAACUGCAUAUCAGCUAAUUCAUAUGCAAGGCUGCAUAUCAAAGAAGUGCCUGAAGGUAUUGCCUCUAAAUUAUGUCUGCUUGUGAAAGAAAGGCCCGUUACAGUGUGUGGGCUUUUGCAGCACGAGUCCAAGAUGUCCGUCCUCCAUUUUAGCAUAAAAAAGCACGACUCAUAUGCCGAGCCUAUCAAAGCCAAAGAAGAAUUAGUAUUUCAUGUUGGCUUUCGCCAGUUUGUUGCAAGGCCGAUAUAUUCCACUGAUACCAUGAAUUCAAACAAGCACAAGAUGGAGAGGUUUCUUCAUGCAGGGCGUUUUUCCAUAGCAUCAAUUUAUGCUCCAAUUUCGUUUCCUCCUCUUCCUGUGAUAGCCUUGAAGUAUGCUGAAGGAGAUGGUGCUCCUGCAGUCGCUGCUGUCGGUUCACUGAGAAGUAUUGACUCAGACAGGAUAAUUUUAAAGAAGAUUAUCUUAACUGGCUACCCUCAACGAGUAUCGAAGAUGAAAGCUUCUGUAAGAUAUAUGUUUCAUAACCCAGAGGAUGUAAGAUGGUUCAAGCCCGUGGAAGUGUUUACCAAGUGCGGGCGUCGUGGUCGUAUUAAGGAACCCGUUGGUACACACGGGUUUAUGAAGUGCAUCUUCAACGGGGUCCUCCAGCAGCGCGAUACCGUAUGCAUGAGCUUAUACAAGCGCGCCUAUCCAAAGUGGCCGGACCAUCACUUCCCAAUUUCUUGAUUCUCAUUGAGAAGACAAGUGGCUGGUGCUCUCUAACUCUUAAAGCAUUUCUUCUUUUAGAGCAUAGAAAGAAGCCCAUGCUGCUUGUUGAUCGGAAUGAAGCUCUGGUUCAGAUUGUUGGUUUUUUUUUGAAUUCUCAAUUUUGCCGGUAGGACACUGUCGAGUGUCAAUUGUUAGUAUAUAUAUGCUCGAUGUUUUUUUCCCCCCUUCUUUUUCCCUUUUCAGCAUUCUUUUAAUCCUUAACGUAUUUAUUAUUGGGACCCACAUCUUUUUUCCCUGUUGAGUGGAGACUAGCGAGCAUCGACAUAUUUCUGCUUAUAGCCGUUUCUAAUAUCGACGCGGCAUUUUAUUUUUA